GACCGACAGCGGCAUAUAAACCCCAGCAGCGAUUUUACUACCCAAAUCGUUCGCCCCGCUCCACCCCACGCCGGCAUCCGACGCCGUACCGCCGCCCUCCCCCGUGGUUGGCGUUUCUUUUCAGUAUACAAGUUACUCUGCCGUGUCGUCAGGUACUGCAUACACGCAUAUUUCGAAUGCCAGGCGCAACGAUGGAUUCCGAGCUACCUGUGGAGCCGCAGUCGAUAAAGAAGCUCAGCUUCAAAUCCAUGAAGCGAGCGCUCGAUCUGUUCUCUCCUAUCCACGGUCAAUUUCCCCCUCCCGACCCGGAAAGCAAGAAGAUUCGAGUGAGUCAUAAGCUCAAUACUGAGUAUGGAGGCGUGAAAAGCGUGGCAACAGAAUCUUCUACUCAUACAGCAUCUGCAAAAAGUCAGGCAGAGAAAGCUUCUGCUCCUUCCAAUGUCCUUGCACUUCCAGGCCCUGAACAGCCAAAUGAAAUGCAGAAGGGAGGGCCGCAGAAGGAUUUGGUGAUUAGUUCAACAGCACAGCCUAGGGGCCCUAGCGAAGUUGGUGUUCAAGGCAGGAGUACAGCAGUUAUUCCUGCUCAUGGUUCAUCUGAAAGGAAUCUUUCAACUUCUGCCAUUAUGGAAAGGAUUCCAAGUAGGUGGCCUCGUCCUGUAUGGCAUCCUCCCUGGAAGAAUUACAGGGUCAUUAGUGGCCAUCUGGGUUGGGUGCGGUCCGUUGCUAUUGACCCGAGUAAUUCUUGGUUUUGCACGGGAUCUGCUGAUCGAACAAUCAAGAUAUGGGACUUAGCAAGUGGCCGACUGAAGCUCACACUUACUGGUCACAUCGACCAAAUACGAGGCCUGGCUGUUAGUAGCAAGCACACUUACAUGUUUUCUGCCGGAGAUGACAAACUAGUUAAAUGUUGGGAUCUAGAGCAGAAUAAGGUUAUUCGUUCUUAUCAUGGUCACCUUAGUGGUGUUUAUUCCUUGGCUCUUCAUCCUACAAUUGAUAUUUUGCUUACCGGAGGUCGAGAUUCGGUUUGUCGGGUGUGGGAUAUACGCAGCAAGAUGCAAAUUCAUGCUCUUUCUGGUCAUGAUAAUACAGUUUGCUCAAUCUUCACACGACCUACGGAUCCACAAGUCAUAACAGGUUCUCAUGAUUCAACUAUAAAGUUCUGGGACCUUAGAUAUGGUAAAACAAUGGCAACUCUCACCCACCAUAAAAAAUCUGUACGGGCUAUGGCUCCACAUCCUAAGGAGGACUGUUUUGUAUCUGCAUCUGCUGAGAAUAUUAAGAAGUUUAAACUCCCAACAGGAGAGUUCAUGCACAACAUGCUCUCUCAACAGAAAACUAUUAUUAAUUCUGCAGCCGUCAAUGAGGAGGGUGUACUGGCCACAGCGGGUGAUAAUGGAAGUUUGUGGUUCUGGGACUGGAAGAGUGGUCAUAAUUUUCAACAAGCCCAAACCAUUGUUCAGCCUGGUUCACUGGAUAGUGAAGCAGGUAUAUAUGCAAUCACGUAUGAUUUAACUGGUUCAAGGCUGAUCACUUGUGAGGCAGACAAGACUAUCAAGAUGUGGAAAGAGGAUGAAACUGCAACCCCUGAAACUCAUCCCCUUCAUUUUAAGCCACCCAGAGAUAUACGGCGCUUCUAGUGUUUCUGCAGUGAUCUUUGGAUAUGUUUUCCGCCCUUUCUUAUUCGUCAUUGUGCUCACGAAAACAAUAAUGUUGAGAUGAUGUAUACUUGAUAUAACUGUUGCCUAUGAAUUCCUUGUCAGCUGCAUCUUACCACAUAGUUUCUAUCAUCUAAUUCAUCAAGUGUUGUAAUUAUCCGUGAGGAUUGCAAAUAUCUGGUAACUAGAGAUGGAUGUAUGGGAAUUUUUUUUAUAACAAGUUGGAAUAUUAAGAUU